AAGGAAAGAGCGUUCACGUCGCGGCCCUGUUUUCACCAAUCUUUCCACCACCACCGACAAGCACAAGACGCCGUUGUAUGCAGAUGCCAAGAAGUGUGCUCAGCUUUGGCUGAACAAUUUCUAAUCUUGUGAUGUGGACUCGAUAAGAAGUUGAUGGUUUAGUUGCCUGAUGACAGCUGGGGCGAAACUGUCCCUGAAUCUGGAGGCGUGUCACACUAUUUCAAACUUCUGUACCUCUUGCCUGAUGGGAGGGGGGAGAAGAGAGUGAGACUGGUCCUUGAUUAUACGGGUGUACAAGACCACGAUUAGAUUAGGUCGGUAAAUCUGGAGGUAUGCGUCUUCUAACUGCUGUAUCUCUUGCUGGAUGGGAUAGGGGAGAAGAGGGAGGAGUGACCAGGGUGGGCCGGUCCUUUUUCACUGCAUCUUGGCACAGGUGACAAUAAUAAACUGAUACCAUGCUGCCUGAUGCACUGAGUGUUUGUGGCAUGUUCUGCUUCUGAUUCAGAUCCCAACCUCCAUGUGUGCUGUUGCCAGCGACAAUGCUCGAUAUCCUAUCCUGCUUGUGAGGAUGUGAGUGAGUCAUUAUUGAGACUACUUCCUUGUGUUGCACAGUUUGAACUGCUGCUGUGGCAGGGUUGCAGCAAGUAAGUACAUCGGCAAAGCAAGUGCAAUAACGUUGCAAAUUGUUUUUGGUGCAAGGAGACAAGAUAAGAAGCUCCUGGUCUUGGCCACAGGAUAAAGUGACCGGUCAGUGCCACCGUGCUGAAGCCACGGCAAUGUGGCGGAGACGAGCGGCAGAAGAGGCUCUCGCCAUCAACGUCACGGCGGCCAGGGCUUUGCAGGAGCUGCUGAAGAGCAGCCUGGGACCGCGGGGCACGGUGAAGAUGCUGGUGUCCGAGGCCGGUGAGGUGAGGAUGACCAAGAGUGGAGGGGCCCUCCUGCGGGAGAUGCGGCUGCAACAUCCCACCGCCUCCCUCGUUGCCCAGGCGGCGGUGACCAUGGGCGACACCGCGGGUGACGGCGUCAUCUCCGUGGUGCUGCUGGUGGGUGAGAUGCUGAGGCGGGCCGAGAUCCUCGUCUCGGAGGGUGUCCACCCCAGGCUCAUCGUGGAGGGGCUGGAGGCGGCCAAGGAGGAAGCCAUCGGUUGCCUGGAUGAGUUGUGGGAGGACCAGGAGGACUCCAUCAUGAGGAAGGUGGCACGGACUUCUCUUGGCACCAAGCUCUGCCCAAUGCUGGCCGAGGGUCUGACCCAGCUGGUGGUGGAGGCCGUGAUGGCCAUCUCUCACCGGAGGGAGCCGGUGGACCUGAGGCUGGUGGGACUGGUGGAGAUGAGUCAGGGGAUGGAGUUGGACACAACGCUGGUCAAGGGGCUGGUGCUGGAGCACGGUGCCCGUCACCCUGGCAUGAGGAGGCGGGUGGAGGACGCCUUCAUCCUUGGCCUCAACAUGGCGUUGGAGCUCGGGAGGCCGAGGGACAACGCCAGCUGCUUCCACAAGGACGUGGAGGAUCGGGAGAGCUUCACGAAGGCGGAGAGACGCACUGCCCAAGAGAAAGUGGACAAGAUCCUUGCGCUGAAGAGGGAGGUGUGUGGCCACUCGGGCAAGGGCUUUGUGGUGGUCAACCAGAAGGGUAUUGACCCAUUGGCGCUGGAGGAACUCGCCAGGGAAGGUGUGGUGGCUCUGAGGAGAACCAAGAGGAGCGACAUGGAGAGGUUGCCCCUGGCCUGCGGUGGACAGACAGUGAGCUCUGUGGUGGAGCUGACCACGGAGAUCCUGGGCCAGGCCGGCCUGGUGCACCAGCAGACCAUGGGGGAGAGGACGUACACCUUCAUCGAAGGAUGCCACAACCCCCGCUCGGUGACGGUGGUGAUCAGAGGCCCCAACCAGCACGUCACCGGCCAGCUCCGGGAAGCCGUGCGGUGCGGCAUGUUGGCGGUGAAGAACACCUUCGAGGACGGGUGUGCCAUGCCCGGUGCGGGGGCGGUGGAGAUACGCAUUGGUAACUGGCUGGCCAACCACGCCCAGCCCAAGGUGAAGGGCGCGGCCAGGCUGGGCUUCCGUGCUUUCGCCGAUGCCAUCCUCGUCAUUCCAAAGACACUGGCACAGAACGCGGGCUACCACCCCCAGGAGACGGUGGGCAAGGCUCUGGAGGCGGAGGAGAGGACCACACUCCCGGUGGGCAUCGAUCUGUCCACCGGCGGGCUGGUGGAAGGUUGGGAAACCCCCGUCUGGGAUAACGCCACGGUCAAACACCAACUGAUACACACCAGCACCGCCAUAGUCCGCAACAUUCUGCUGGUGGACAACAUUGUCACAACAGGAGCGACAAAGUCUCCAAAGAGUCAUAUAUAGGAGCAACACAAGGUGCUGGAGUAACUCAGCGGCUCAGGCAGCAUCUCUGGAGAAUAUGAAUAGGUAAUGUUUCAGGAUGGAAACCUUCUUCAGCCCAACUCCAUCCAAGCUAAUCUCAUUUGUCUGCGUUUGGCAAUAUCUCUCUAAGCCAUGUUUGCUAUCCAUGUACCUGUCCAAAUGUUUCAUUAACUGUAAUUGCACCCGCCCUAUGUUCCAUAUAUGCACCGAGUAAAAGGGUUCUCUAUUAAA